AUGAGGUCGUCGUGGUGCUGUGUAAUUGCCUUCGUCCUCAGUCUUCAUCUGUCCAAUUCUGCAGCACAGACGCCUCGGAUUCCUAACAAGACUAAGCCACGGACAAUGCCAACGACUAGACCUGCAGCAGAUCAUCUGUCCACAGCAUAUUAUGCAAAAUCAUGCCCAAAUCUUGAAGCCAUCGUCAAUCAGAAAGUGAAUGCUUGGAUUAUACGGGAUUCGACAAUUGCUGCUAGCAUUAUCCGCCUGCAUUUCCAUGACUGCGCCGUUAGAGGAUGUGAUGCUUCAAUUUUGCUGAAUCAUCUAGGCAGUGAAAGAAGCGCCCAUGCAAGCAAGACACUACGAGGGUUCGCAUUAAUAGAUGAGAUCAAGGCCGAGGUGGAAAGGCGGUGUCCGCGAACUGUCUCUUGUGCAGACAUACUCACUGCCGCAGCUAGAGACGCAACUAUUCUUGCAGGAGGUCCUUUCUGGCAAGUGCCAUUUGGGAGGAAAGAUGGACGGGUAUCUCUUGCUACAGAAGCCAACAUGGUUCCCCAGGGGCACGAGAACAUCACUUCCUUGAUUGGCUUAUUCCAAAAACUCGGUCUAAACAUACUCGAUCUUGUUGUCCUCUCUGGCGCACACACCAUAGGCAGAAGCAGUUGCUCUUCUAUUCAGCAAAGGUUCUCCAACUUCAAUGGAACAAGAAAACCUGAUCCAUCUAUUGAUAUCAAUUAUCUGAAAUCUCUGAAGAGACUCUGUAAAUUGGGCACUAAUUUUGUUAACCUUGAUGUCACAACUCCAAGGACAUUUGAUUUGGCUUACUAUACAAAUCUUGAAAAGAAAAUGGGAUUGCUGUCCACUGAUCAAUUGCUUCAUUCAGAUUCAAGAACUUCACCUCUAGUUGAUGCCUUGGCAUCUCAGGCACGGCUCUUUACCAGCCAAUUUGCAGUGUCUAUGGUGAAUUUGGGAAAUGUGCAAGUUCUUACUGGCAAAAUGCAAGGGGAAAUAAGAAGAAAUUGCAAUUUUGUCAAUUCUUGA